GAUCAAGAACAAUUUCAAGUAGCUUUAAGGAAUAUCAGAGAAACUGUGGGCUACCUACAUCAGAAACUGGAUACUUUACCUGCAAAUCAUCCUGUAAAACAACUCCAUAUACUGAAUAGACCUUCCUGGAGCUACUGUACCCGAGAAGUUCUAAUCAACUGAACCUGGCGUGGCGAGGCAUCAAGGAGAGCUGUGCUGAGGUGAAAAGAAGAUGAGCGAGAGGCCUAGCAAGUCAGUAAUGAGGUGGCAAACCAGCCAACAAACUAGAAACCAGCCGCUUUCAAUGUAAACAUACAGCACCAUGUUGCCGACCUGGCACAAGAGGACCUGGGCCACAACAACGGACACAUAUCUGCUCUUACUCCUCUUUGUCAUCUUCAACCACCAGGUAACAGGCUCAGUGCUAGAAAGUCUGAUCGCUAAACGGACCGAAUACUGGGACACCUGCAACAGAACUCUGGAAAAAAGCGCUCUCUUGAAAACUGGAAUCUACUGUAAUGGAACAUUUGACAUGUUCGUGUGCUGGCCCCAUUCAUCUCCUGGGAACGUGUCGAUCCCCUGUCCUUCUUACUUACCAUGGAUCAGCGAGGACGCCUCCAGGAGGGUGCAUAGAGAAUGUUUGGAAAAUGGGAGAUGGCGACAGAAGGAGAACUCGUCAGAGCCCUGGAGGGAUGAUUCUGAGUGUCAGGAACACCAUUACUUUAAAGACGAGGAAGAUAAAAUACCUCGCCAGACAGCCCUCAGGCUCAUCUCUGUCAUUGGCUAUUCCGUCUCCCUGUUCUCCCUCACGCUGGCCACUCUCCUGAUGGGCAUGUUGAGGAAGCUCCACUGUACCCGGAACUACAUUCACAUGAAUCUGUUUGUGUCAUUCAUCCUGAGAGCCGUGGCUAUCAUCUCUAAGGAAAUUAUGUUACACAUCAUGUAUUCUAACCUGCCCAAAGACGAUCUUGGAUGGAACUCUUACUCGAGCUCUACGACAAUGGUCAUGUGCAAAUUCUCCAAAGUGGCCAUGGAGUACUUUGUGGCCUGUAACUACUUCUGGCUCUUGGUGGAGGCUGUUUUUCUCCACACACUGCUCUUCACCGCUGUGCUGACCAAAAGAUGUCUGCUGAAGAAGUAUAUGCUGUUAGGAUGGGGAACACCUGUCUUGUUCGUGACACCCUGGACAGUGGUUAAGAUUGUAUAUGAAAACACAGGAUGCUGGUCAAUUGUGAACAGAGGUUUCUGGUGGAUCCUAAGGGGCCCGAUUACUUUAUCAGUGCUGGUCAUUUUCUUUAUAUUCAUCAAGAUUCUGAUGCUGCUGCUGUCCAAGCUGAAAGCGGAUCAGGUGAAAUUUACCGACUACAGAUACAGCUUGGCCAGAGCAACACUGGUACUGAUUCCUCUGCUGGGAAUCCAUGAAGUGGUCUUCACCGUGCUGAUAGACGAGUGCAUGGAGGGCCACAGUCUUUAUGCCAGGAACUUCAUCAACCUCACCCUCAGCUCUUUCCAGGGCUUCUUUGUUGCUGUGCUGUACUGUUUUGCUAAUGGAGAGGUCCAAGCUGAACUGAAGAAGCGCUGGCAGCUUUUCCUGUUCACCAACCACUUCCAGGUCAGGAGUUGUUUCCGGGGAGCUCCCCUCAAGCACCUGUGGAAGUGCACUCGACGGCACCGCCCGCAGUGUUCUCGGCAGAGCGAGUCCUACGACGAGGGCGGCACCUCUGCGAUACACCCGCACCUGCUGCAGGUGGCCGUACAAGGUGGAAGUGGAGCACAUAGACUGGGAGACGUUAAAGGUCAAGGGAUGAGGGGCUGCGACGCAACAGGGCUUGACUUUCUCACUAGGAAGAGCCUGUCCAGCAGCGACGGGGAGAUAACACUCGGGGAGACCAUGGAGGAGAUUAUGGAGGAGAGCGAGUUCUGAUGAUGAGAGUUUACACCCUCAACAGAGGAGGGUUAACUUAAAAUCAAAACAGUAAAUCAUGCAACACAGCUAAUGAGCCGUUUUGGACUCUCCAGCUCUGUUCUCAAACAUGAGCACCAUCAGGACCGUGUGAUAUUGGUCAGUGGUGCAAAUUCAUGUGUCUAAGUUCACAAACUAGGUGUAAAAGAUAGGUGUGGAUUUACUUUCACCCCUGAUCCUGGGAUUCCUCUGAAAUGAACUGAUUUCACCACAAAAUCGACUGUUUUAAAUGCUGAUGUGAGCAGGACUGAAGACCCAGCACAAGACACUGAAGCUGCCAUGUGUAGACCACUGUGUUUGCUGUACCUAAAGUUCCAAUGACAUGGUAUCAUUACUUUAAGAUUAUGUAUUUCCUGUUGCAUUACGACAGCAAGGAAUUGAUUUUAGGCAUUAACCAACGGGUUGUUAGUUACUGAGAAAAAAUCAAUUUGAUUUGACAGAAUGGAGUAGAUGACUUUAUUAAUUGGACCUUUUGGGUACACCAACUCGUAGCAUGAGUGCACCACUGUCAAUGCAUUAUUUUCAAGAAAGUAAUAUUUUUCCAGGAGGAUUAAGCACCAUUUCCAUGGUAUCUUAAACCGGAAUUUGGAGACAACAGGGUAGAAACACAUUGCACAGAAGAGGAGGUUUCAAGGUGGUGGGGUGGUGUCAAGAGGGGCCCAUGGACAACUUUUUGGCCCAUUGCCCCCCUAAAAGGUUAAUCCAGCCAUGCAUACUUCCCAUUGGUCAUGGAAUCUCCGAAACAUCAUCAAUUUAGGGAGGUCUACUCCAAACUGGGGACGUUGGGAAUUUGAGUAAUUCUCUGGGAAUAUGAGACGUUUCUGAGAAUUUACAUUAAUUUACCAGAAUAUAGUUUACAACUUUUUGUACAUAUGAAUAAAAUGUUUACUGUAUAAGAAUCUGAAUAAUAAAUGGAAAGUUGAGGUAUUUUCCACUAUAAAUUAUAUAAUUAUUUCCUUUUUCAAAAACCCAGGCCAGUCAUCUACAGUAUAGGUUCUUUAAUCAAAGGCUAUAAACACUUGUAUCUAUGACAAGUGCUCUACAGUUACAGUAUAAACAUAGAAUACAUUCUUCUUGCAGGCAUAUAAAACACACUUUACAUAUUCGUACGUACAGUAAACCUCACAGUGAACCUCAUACUAUACAAAUGCAGCAACAGUGUUAAGUAUUUUUUUUCACAGAGUUGUGUUUUAUUUACAAUGUAAAAUAUAACAUCUUGUCAGGCCAGUUAUAAAUAUCCAUAUGGCACAACAUCUGGAUUGAAC